CGCGACUAUCGAACUUCCGUUUCGUCCACGCUGUGAAUUAUUCAAGUCUUUCAAUAUCUGCCGACUGCCACUCUAACUUAUAAAGAUGGCCCCGAAGAAAGCCGCCGGUAAAGACAAGAAGACGGCACCAGCCCCUGAGGCCGCCAAAAAAGUCCAGGCAACAACAGCCAAGCCUGCAGCUAAGCCAGCUGCCAAGCCUGCUGCUAAAACACCAGCCAAAGCUGCAGCUAAGGCUGCCAAGCCAGCAGCAAAGGCUGCAGCCAAAAAUGCAGCUAAGGCUGCCAAGCCAGCAGCAAAAGCUGCAGCUAAGCCUGUAGCUAAGGUCGCUGGUAAACCAGCCAGCAAGGUAGCGGCCAAGAAAACCUCUGCCGUUAAGAAGGCUGGAGCUAGUCUUGAAAAGGCUCUCAAAACCCAGAAGAAGGUCAUCAAGGGUGUCAAUGGUACUCGAGUCCGCAAAAUCAGGACCAACAUCCACUUCCAUCGGCCAAAGACUUUCAGACCACAGAGAAACCCCAAGUACCCCCGUAAGAGCGUGCCAAAAAGGAGCCGCAUGGAUGCCUCAAACAUCAUUAAAUACCCUUUGACUACCGAAUCUUCCAUGAAGAAAAUUGAAGAUAACAACACGUUGGUCUUUAUUGUCCAUACUAUGGCUAAUAAAAAUCACAUUAAAGCUUCAGUGAAAAAACUGUAUGAUGUUGAUGUUGCUCGUGUCAACACGCUCAAUAGACCUGAUGGUAAAAAGAAGGCAUAUGUACGUCUGACAAGGGAGUACGACGCAUUGGAUGUAGCUAAUAAAAUAGGAAUUAUAUAAAUAACUCCUAUAGAAAUAAAGUUAUCAUUUCUAUAAA